CAGGAGGCUGGAGAGCGACCAGAUGGAAUUCUGCACUGCCUUCUUAACAGAUUCCCCACAUUUUAAAUCGCAUCGCACACAUUUUUAGCGGACUUCCCUGCGAACAACCAGCCCUGGCGUGACCGCUGAAGCCUACCCGAGAGUCUCGGCUGCGCUGUGAACCGGGACAGAAGCGGUGAAGACAUUUACAGAGACCCGACCAAACAUCUCCCCACUGUCCGAAGGCGAGUUUGUUUCCCAUCAUGCCGCUGUUUGGUAAAUCCCACAAGAGUCCGGCAGACAUCGUCAGGACCCUGAAAGAAAACCUGGCCAUCCUGGUCAAACAGGACAAGAAGACAGACAAGGCGUCUGAGGAGGUGUCGAAGUGUUUGGUGUCCAUGAAGGAGAUUCUGUACGGGAGCAACGAUAAGGAGCCUCACACUGAGACCGUGGCCCAGCUGGCCCAGGAGCUGUACAACAGCGGCCUGCUGAUCGCGCUGGUAGAAAACCUGCAGGUCAUAGACUUUGAGGGGAAGAAGGAUGUGUGUCAGAUCUUCAACAACAUCCUGAGGAGGCAGAUCGGGACGAGGAGCCCCACUGUCGAAUACUUCUGCUCCCACCAAGAGGUCCUCUUUAUACUGCUGAAAGGGUACGAGACGCCCCAGGUAGCGUUGAAUUGUGGGAUCAUGCUGAGGGAGUGCAUCCGCCACGAGCCGCUCGCCAAGAUAGUUCUUCAUUCCGAUCAUUUCCACAGUUUCUUCAACUACGUGGAGAUGUCCACCUUCGACAUCGCUUCCGACGCCUUCGCCACCUUCAAGGAUCUCCUGACAAGACACAAAGUGCUUGUGGCAGAAUACCUCGAACAGAACUACGACGCUGUGUUUGCAGAUUACGAGAAGCUGCUGCACUCUGAGAACUACGUCACCAAGAGGCAGUCUCUAAAGCUUCUGGGCGAGCUGUUACUGGACAGACAUAACUUCACGGUGAUGACGCGCUACAUCAGCAAGCCGGAGAAUCUCAAGCUCAUGAUGAAUCUGCUGAGAGACAAGAGUCCCAACAUCCAGUUUGAGGCCUUCCAUGUCUUUAAGGUGUUUGUAGCGAACCCCAACAAGACGCAGCCCAUCGUCGACAUCCUGCUCAAGAACCAGACCAAACUUAUCGACUUCCUGAGCAACUUCCAGAAGGACCGCGCAGAUGACGAGCAGUUCAACGACGAGAAGACGUACCUAAUCAAACAGAUCAGAGAUCUGAAGAAACCGGCCUCCUAGAGAAGCACCCCCCCUCCCUCUGCCCCAAACUUUUUAUCAAUAGGAAGACAUAGAAAAAAAACACAUUAACAAUAAUGGUUAUACUAUUUAAAAAGAAAAAAAAUCUUCAAGACGUUAUUUGUCUUUUUUCUCUUUGUUGGUUCAUUAAAAACUUGUGUAGUUCUCAAUCACUGAUCUUUUGUAAAUUUUUUUUCAUGGAAAUUUUUUUUUUCAUCUGUAGCAUGUAGUGCCACAACUCAUGGUGUUGGAGGCAGCUGAUUUGCUUUGUCAGGAGAACCAGAGAUUAAAAAAAAAAAAAAAAAAAAAGCUUUGGCCAAAAUGGUCAAGUGGCUGUCGAACACACAGACACGACCAUUUUUGUAUUUCUAAUCACCAGUCGCUGCACACCAGUUAAUUUCUAACUGUCCGUCUGCAAAUCAGAAAAAUAAUGAAGAAUUUCUGCUUGCUUUCUUUUCUUUUUUUUUUUUUUUUUUUUUUUUUUUUAAGCUUGGUCAACGUGCCUGGUCUGAGAUCAGGCUUUAGAGUGAGAACAUCUGAAGUGUGAAACACUUCCUCAGUCACUGCUCAAAGCUUCGUUAGCCAAACGGCAACAGUAAUGCUCAGAUACCUUCUGCUGGCUAAACAUCUCUUUGUUAUCGUGCUGCCAAUUCACAGUCAACUCUCCCACUGAUGAAGCAGUUCUCUGAAGCUGGGAACACAUUACACAAUAUGUAAAGGCUGAUUACAGAGAUUACUUUGCAGUUUGCAGGAGUUUAAACUGACCCUGACUGGUCACAGUUUGAUUUUCUGAACUUUACCUGAACUAGUCCAACGCGCAAAAGUUACUUGUUAAAUGUGUGAUGCCGAAUCUUUCCGGUCAAAUCUAAAUGUACGAGUCUUCACGUGUUCCCGGCUGAAGAAGCCUCCACCUGUGCCAAUCUGUUUAACUCAAUAAGCUUUAGUGAGACUGAGAAUGGACGUGUUUAGAGACACGUGGUGUCCGUCACUGUUGACCAAAGCUGGCCAAUGAAAAUAGUAACUGUAAACAUAUUUUAAGAAUCUUUGAAAUGAAGAGCCUUUUUAAUUGAACGGCGACAUUGGGCUGCUAUCGGUACAGUAAGCUUCAAUCAUUUUGAUCACUGGUUCUCUUUGCUGGUGGCUGAUAGCACUUUCUGUAUGAUAAAAAAAAAAAUAAUAAUAUGAUGAUGAUUCAAAUGUUUGUUUUUUGUUUAAGCUGAUCACUGUUUUCACUCUGCUUGAUGGUAAUUUUUUUUUUAUAUAUAUAGUUUAAUUUCUUGUCAUGUACAGUUUCUGGUUUGUACACCUGAAGUGAGUGCCAUUGCGAGUGAGAACAUUAACAGGAGGCACUUUGCUGUGUGAAGGACAGCAGCUGUAAAAAAAUAUGGCUGUUUGUGUUUUUGUUUCACUCCUUUUCUUUGUGUACCGUCACAAACGUUUCGCUCUGAUUUGGAUCUGAUGGUGUUAGAAACAGGCGAGGAGAUUCAGAGGUGCCUUUUUGGUUUGGUGUGUUUUCCCUUUUUCUUUUUUUUUGUAUUUUCAGUAUCUUUCUAGGGGGAGCUUAAUUAUGUUGAUGAAAAUAUGCUCUGAUAGAACAUAUUUGUUGUGAUUAAGCAGUGAACCUCUUAACUCACUAUAUUUGAGUUACGCUGUCAAAGAAGCAUUUUGAACUUUCUGCAGCUGAUCGGUUGCCAUCAUGUACAGAGUCACUACACGUCCGUCGCCCACGUAGCGCUAAUUCAGUAUGUGAAUUACAAGCUGUGUCGGCUGCAAAGUCACUGGGGAAACAGAGUGAGGCCAGAGUUGAUCUGUAACAGGACUCAAUGGUGAAAUGUAACUGUGAAAAAAAUCCACAUGUAGUUAAAGACUUUAAAGACUAAAUUUGCAUCCAUUAGUUAGCUAAAUAUUUUAAAGUCUAUUGAUUAGGACUUGAAGAUUUCAUUCUCAGCAGAUUUAAAGUAAAUUUAAGGUUCAAACUGUUCAGCUGUCUCAUGUUUAAUCACUGAAUCAAACAGAAAUAAAAAGCAGUAGGGGAGUACAGUAGGGUGACUAACAACUGUAAACCUGUAAAGUGACAUUUUGUUUUUUUUUUCAUCUGGAAACAAAAAAUGGUUCAGUUUUUUUGUGUUUGGGUGGAAAAUGAAAAACAAUGCCAGCUAUUUUGGAUGUUAAAAGCUGUGACAGUAUUUAUAAUAUAUCAGAUAUCAGAAAAUAACAGAUGCAAAUGUAGACCAACCAGUUUUACAUCGGACUUGUCAGCUGAGCUACACUCAACUAUUUCUUCGUCUUGUUUUUGGCCUGUUUUACAACUAAAACC